AUGGAAAAAAUAUUGAGAGGAAUAAUGAGGUACCGUGUGUUGGAUCGCGCAAGUAUGGUAAAACAAUUUCAAGAAGUAAAAAACAAUCCUACGCCUAAAGCGGUAUUUUACACAUGCAUGGACAGCAGAAUGAUUCCAACCAGAUUCACUGAGACAAGCGUUGGUGAUAUGUUUGUAGUGCGAAACGCUGGUAAUGUAGUACCUCACUCACAGUACUUUGUGGACGAAAUGACCAGCUGUGAGCCAGCUGCUUUGGAGCUGGGCUGUAUACUAAACGACAUAAGACACAUUAUUGUAUGUGGACAUAGCGAUUGUAAAGCGAUGAAUCUUCUUUAUAAACUUAAGAGUAAAGAAGAAUCAAGUAUAGAACAAAGAAGACUGUCUCCCCUAAAAUCGUGGCUAUGUUCGCAUGCACACACAAGUCUCACAAAAUUUAUAGAAAUGAAUAAUGAUUUUACAAAGCCGAUGCUUUUUACGGGUGAAACACCGCAACGGAAGUUUGUCGCCUACAUAGACCCAGAUAACAAAUUUUGCAUAGAAGACAAAUUAUCACAGGUGAAUACACUACAACAGUUACAAAACGUUGCCUCAUAUGGAAUGUUGAAGAAACGUUUGGAGAAACACGACCUACACAUUCACGCAUUGUGGUUUGAUAUCUACACUGGUGAUAUUUACUACUUCAGCAGAAGGGCAAAGCGAUUUGUCAUCAUUGAUGAAUCUUCUUACGAGUCAAUACUGGCUGAAGUUCGAAGAUUCUACUCCUAA